UUCUUUUCUAGGUAAUUAUUCUUGUAUUCCUCAAUUAAACAAUUUGUGUAUUAAUCAAAAUAAUUUUUGUAAAAAUGGGGGAGAAUGUAUUUCUUUAAAUUCUUCAAUUAAAUGCAAAUGUUUAAAUAAUUAUUUUGGUAAUAAUUGUGAAUAUUUAAUGAAUUAUUGUUCUUUACCUGAAAUUUGUUUAAAUGGAGGGAAAUGUUUAAAUAAUUCUGUUGACAAUAAAUAUUUUUGUGAAUGUUUAAAUAAUGGUUCAGGUAUAAAUUGCGAAAAUUCUAAAGAAAAUUUAUUUAUGGAUGGAGAUAAUUCCGUGGAUAUUUUAGAGGUAAGGAAGGCAAUAAAGGAUUAA